GGGUGCUCUCUGAAGUGUAUUCCAGAGGAAUGUUGAGAUAAGGAAAAUAUCAUUGGCUCUUUGAUUCUUCCCUCUUUCAUCCGUUGACUGAGAUGUACAUGAGCAGAGCAAAAUCGAAAAGAACGAAAGGGAACAAAUUCGUUCACACCCAUCAUCUGAGGAUCCACCAAAUUCUAGCACUUUGAAACAAGGUUAAAAACCUGGGGGUUCCUCACGAGCAAUAAACAAAAGCAAACUAUCACGUUUUGCUUCAUGUUGAGCUGAUAGAUCUCUAUUUCCAACACCGGAGGGUCUCUCUAACCGAAAAAAGACUGAAUGACCUUCAAUUAUGCCGAGACUAACCUCAUCGCUGCCUCAUAUUCCCAUCUUCUUCCUCUUAUGCAUUCCUUGUCUCGUCUUCCUCUGCUCCCUCUUCCCUGUUGCAGAGUCUCAAAUCCAAGAUCAAGAACAGCAAGUCCUGUUGAAGCUGAGGCAAUCCUGGCAAGACCCAUCUUCCCUUGCCCACUGGGUCGCCUCCAAUUCAUCCUCCCACUGCACAUGGCCCGAGAUCACAUGCCAAAAUGGCUCGAUCACCGAGCUCAAUCUUGUAUUCCUGAACAUAAAUUAUUCGAUCCCCCCAUUCAUCUGCGACCUCAAGAAUCUGACCAAGCUCAAUGUCUCCAACAACAAUAUUCCUGGAGAGUUUCCAACAGUUCUCUACAACUGUUCCAAGCUCGUGUACCUCGACCUGUCCCAGAAUUACUUCGAAGGUCCUAUUCCAUCCGAUAUUGACCGCAUGGCCGAUCUUCAGGUCCUGAUUCUCGCCGCCAACAGCUUCUCGUUUGAAGUCCCAGUGUCGAUCGCGAGGCUGCGGAGGCUGAGGAUCCUUCACCUUUACCAGUCCGAGUACAACGGCACUUACCCUAAAGAGAUUUUUAGCCUCACCAAUCUUGAAGAACUGAGGCUUGAAUACAACGACAAGUUCGCGCCGUCGCAGCUACCGCAGAACUUCACUGCCUUGAAGAAGCUGCGGUUCUUCUCGAUGGCGCAGACGAACCUGUUUGGUGGAAUCCUGGAGACAGUCGGCGAUAUGGAGGCUCUUGAGCACUUGGAUUUGGGGAUGAAUCGCUUGACCGGAGAGAUCCCGGGCAGUAUUUUCACUCUGAGGAACUUAAGGGAGUUGUACGUGUACACGACCAAUGUGUCUGGGUCGAUCCCUCAGGCAGUCAGCGCGGACAACCUGAGAGUGAUCGAUCUGUCAGAUAAUAAUUUGACGGGGAACAUACCUGAAGAUUUCGGGAAGCUCAAGAAUCUAUCCAGCUUGAAUUUAGAGUUCAAUCAAUUGUCUGGUGGAAUCCCGGAAGGAAUCGGGCGUCUUCCCGCUUUGAGCGAUGUCAGGCUGUCCAACAACAGUUUAUUAGGAAUGAUCCCCCCGGACUUCGGCAAGUUUUCUGCACUCACAAGGUUCGAAGUGGCCUUCAACAACUUGACUGGUACGUUGCCGGAACAACUGUGCCGCAGCAGCGCGCUGUUCGGGUUGGCGGCUAUGGACAACAAUCUCAGUGGGGAGUUGCCGGAGUCACUUGGAAAUUGCAGUUCUUUGUCUGCCAUUAGAUUGAACAACAAUGGAUUCACAGGCAAUGUGCCUGGAGGACUCUGGACGUCACCGAACUUGAGGACUUUGAUUUUGAGUGGUAACGGAUUAAUUGGCAUGCUUCCCAGGGAGCUGUCCCCCAACCUCACUCGGAUUGAGAUGAGCAACAACAAAUUCUCCGGCAAGAUUCCUAGCAUAGUGUCAUCAUGGAGGAACUUGGUGGUGUUUGAUGCCAGUAAUAACCUCCUCAGUGGCAUCGUUCCGACUGAAUUAACCGAGCUUCCUUCUCUGACAACUCUUUUGCUAGGUCAGAAUGAUCUCUCUGGGAAUCUUCCCACAGCUAUUGUUUCGUGGAACUCCUUGAGCACUCUGAAUGUUAGUCACAAUCGAUUGGUGGGACCGAUUCCCAGCAAAAUCGGUCUUCUACCGGUACUCACGCAGUUGGACCUGUCUGAAAACCAACUGUCUGGCUCGAUUCCUCCUGAAAUCGGCCAGCUGAAGCUGAACCUUCUCAAUUUAUCCUCCAAUCGCCUCAGUGGACGAAUCCCAGACGAGUUAGAGAACACUGCGUAUGACUCCAGUUUCCUGAACAACCCUGGCCUCUGUGCAUCCAAUUCGUUCAUGAGGCUCAAUGUCUGCAAUUCCCAAUCCCGUAGAUCGAGCAAAAGCUCGCCGACCAAUCUCACCUUGAUUGUGGUCUUGGCCAUCGCUGCGGCGAUGUUCAUUUUGUUGGCGGCGGUAUUCACUAUCAGAGCUUCCAGAAAGAAGAGAUACGGAUUUGAUUCAACUCUGAAACUGACCCCAUUCCAAAGUUUGAAUUUUACAGAAUCGGAUGUUCUGUCGGGAUUGAAGGAGCAUAAUGUGAUUGGAAGUGGUGGAUCAGGAAAAGUAUACAGAAUUAUUGUGAAUCGUUCUGGUGAUGCCGUCGCGGUCAAACGGAUUUCAAAUAACCGAAAAUUGGACGAGAUGCUAGAGAAGCAAUUCUUAGCAGAAGUGGAGAUACUUGGGAACAUAAGGCAUCUGAACAUUAUCAAAUUACUGUGCUGUAUUUCUUGUGAGAACUCGAAACUCGUAGUGUACGAGUACAUGGAAAAUCACAGCUUGGACCAUUGGCUUCACAAGACGACAAGAUCGUCAUCGGCCUUGGGUGUAGCCAACAAUAUAUUCUUGGAUUGGCCCAAAAGGUUACAGAUUGCGCUAGGAGCCGCUAAAGGACUUUGCUAUAUGCACAAUGAUUGUUCACCACCCAUCAUCCACCGAGACAUAAAAUCAAGCAAUAUUCUCUUAGACUCCGAGUUCAACGCAAAAAUUGCUGAUUUUGGUCUUGCAAGGAUGCUGGUCAAGCACGGAGAAGCAGUUACGAUGACAGGUGUUGCCGGUUCUUUCGGCUAUCUUGCACCAGAGUAUGCUCAUACAACAAGAGUUAACGAGAAGAUCGAUGUUUAUAGCUUUGGAGUCGUUCUCUUGGAACUGACGACCGGGAGGGAGGCUAACGAUGGGACCGAAGACAUGUGCCUCGCUGAUUGGGCAUGGCAUCACAUCCAAGAUGGCAAGCCGAUGUCCGAUGCCAUAGAUGAGGGGAUCAACAACGACUUGAACCUAGGUGGAAUAAGCAAUGUCUUUAAGCUCGGCAUCUUUUGCACUGCGACGCUGCCUUCCAUGAGGCCUACAAUGAAGGAGGUACUGCAAGUGCUGCUCAAAUGUAGCAAUCCGCUUUAUGAUGUUGAGAAGAAAUCCCGACACAAGUUCGAUGUCGCCCCCCUGCUCGGAAAUUCUAAGUACGAGGAAAUGCCGCACAGCGAUUACUGUGUUCUUGAGUGCAAUGCGUACUGAUUCUGAGCAGUAAAAACAGUUGCUGAAGCUUUGGGAAGAGAUUUGGACUCCUAACUUCUGUAAAACUUCCUCCACUUAUCCUACAGAGAGAGGCGCAUCAUAUGUUUGUCGAACUGUGUAUUAGUGUCCCAUACGUAAGACUAGUUUUCAAUAUACUAUAGAAUAUACAGAAUAUAUGAGAGAUGGAUAUGUAAAUUUGAGCUAGAUUGAUGGAGAACAAGCAGGUUGUGCACUUGGUGGAGAAGGUGUUGAACAACCUUUAUCUAUUGAAGUAAUAAGAUCAAAGAUGAAGAGCACGCA